AUGUCUGCCCAGCAAGAUGGAAGGCCUCUGUCAGGACCACCCUACCCUCCACCAGGCGCUAUUACGGGUGGCGUCCCCACAGUCAGUGUCGAUGUGCCUAUCUCUGCCGUCUUCCUGGCCCUCUUCAUCGGUUCCGCGGUGGGCCACAUGACGAUCUUCAAGGUCAAUAUGAGGAGAGGUCACAAGUUCAUCAUGUCAGCCCUGAUGUUUGGUUUCUCGAUGGCUCGAGUGGCAACGAUGGUGAUGCGCAUCGUCUGGGCGGCACGAAGUACGAAUAUUCGAGUAGCAAUUGCUGCUCAGAUCUUCACCAGCGCCGGCAUCAUCCUGAUGUUCAUCAUCAACCUCAUUUUUACCCAACGGAUUCUUCGGGCCGCUCAUCCUCAUUUCGGAUGGCACAAAGCGGUGUCGAUCGGUUUCAAAGCCCUCUAUGCUCUCAUAAUCCUCAUGUUGAUCAUGGUGAUCACGACUACGGUGCAAAGCUUCUACACUCUCAACCGCAACACUCGUCGGAUCGAUCGAAAUAUCCAGCUCACCGCAGCUAGCUUUCUGACUUUUGUGUGUUUCCUCCCUUUGCCGUUGGUCAUCUUGGGUGUAAUCGUUCACCGUAAAACAAGAUUGGAGAAAUUCGGAAUCGGUCGCUGGCGGACCAAGGUUGGCAUUUUACUUGCCAGCACCGCUCUGCUCACUCUGGGCGCUGGUUUCAGGUGCGGAACAGCUGCCAUGCCGCUCCGAGGUCGUAACAAUCCGGCUUGGUAUAAUGCCAAGUGGUGUUACUAUUUCUUCAAUUUUGUUAUCGAGGCGAUUGUCCUUUACCUCUACAUCCUUGUCCGUGUGGAUCGAAGAUUCCAUGUUCCGAACGGUAGCAAACGAGCCGGUGAUUAUAGCGGUCGCAACAAGCAAUUCGACAAGCACGACAGCCUCCAUAGCGAAGGGUGGAUGGAGACAAGGAUAAUGAGCGAAGAAGAGGUCUUCGAUGAUGAGGAAUUUUGUGACUGUGAGGAAGGUCCUCUGAAAGACGUUGAGAGAUAA